UGGCACUAAUGCAUCCUUCGACUCGUCCCCCCUCUCCGCGGCCAACUCAGACUUUCCAGGCGAAAGUGAGCGAAUUGAGAAUACGAAAAGAGAUGGAACAGUCAAGAGGAGGACACGGCAACCUUGCAGUGGCUAUCCCAAGUCGGUACGCUGGACUGGCCGCCUCGCAUCUCGUUGAGCGGGAAUGGCAACCUCAACCCCCGACGACGUCUAUGACAGGUCGGAAUCACACCAUACGAAAGUCUAAAGAUCCCUCUCCAGCUCAUUCCCCGCCUUGCUAAAUCGAAUUGGCCGGCCAGAGCUCCCAGAGGAGGCUUCAAAUGCACCAUCUGAUGCUUCAUGUCUCAGAGGUUACACACUUCUCGCACCGGCCUCCUGAGUCUAUUUCGUCAUUGACUGAUCUCGGUGGUUCACAAGGGGUGGGGCGGCAAGCUCUCUCUCUGCCGUCUAUCCUUCUUCGCCUUGAGGGCUCGCCGUCAACCACUCAAACAGACUUUUUCUGACUACAGCAGACAUGCCAAAUAACGAAGCCUGCUCGAAGAGGAGCUCCUUCGCGGCACGACGAUCGCCAAGACGUGAGCAUCGAAUGGCGAUCCAAGCGACCACACCAUCCGCAUACUGCGUGCGGGGUUGACAGGAAAAAGCACGCUUUUUGGAUUCAAGCUACACCGAGAGCAGUGGUGUGCUGGAAAAUGGUGGAGAGAACGUGCAUUGGACUCUCAACACUAACAUCAACGUCCACCCACUGGCCGGCUGUCACGGACGACCUCUUCAUGCAACAUUGACUCUCAUUCGACUGUCAUGGAACCGCUAGGAUUGCUUCGAAUGUCUUCUUUUGGCGAGCUUCCGCUUUCACAAAGCUCUCAUAAAAACCAUCCCGCUCAGUCGCCGUUCUCUUCUUCCUUUCCUCUCCAGAGUGCUGCCCAUUGUAUACUCCCAAUCCUCCGGUGAGACACUGAUCAUUCGCUUCAGAGUCUACCAACCUUCGUUGAGAUCGAGGCCCUCGUGUCAGCAACAAACAAUCCCAUCUGCACCACUCCAACUAUGCGUACAUUCGCUCUUCUCACGGCUUUGGCCGUCUCCGCCCUGGCUUCACCCCUCCCGCAGGGUGUGACCUCUGCAAUUGCUCCAUCCUCUCCAGCUCCCGGAGGCUGCCAGCCCUCGUACAGCGGCAGCUUCGAGAUCACUGUCGUGAACGUGUCGUCUUCGGCAGCUAAACGAGAUCUGCACGAGCGUCAAACCUCUGGAGUCCUCACCCUCACUCUCGCCGACUCCGUUUUGAAAGACCAAGCCGGACGUACUGGCUAUAUUGCUUCAAACUAUCAAUUCCAGUUUGACAACCCCCCACAAGCAGGAGCUAUCUACACAAGCGGUUUCUCCCUCUGCUCCAACUCUAGCCUUGCAUUGGGUGGCUCUGCCAUCUGGUAUCAAUGUUUGAGCGGAUCAUUCUAUAAUCUAUACGACCGAGAUUGGGCCCCCCACUGCGUGCCAAUCUAUAUCUACGCCCUGAUCGGAUCCUCGGCUCCACCAGCGACACAAGCGUCGGAUGGUCAGCCGGUAGCGACCACUGUCGUCCCCUCUGUCACUCAGCUCACGGAUGGCCAACCCCAGGUCACUUCGGCGGUCGUUACUCAGAUCUCAGAUGGACAGCCUCAGGCUACCACCGGUGUCCCCGUUACGCAGAUCAGCGAUGGCCAACCGCAAGCAACGACUGGCGUACCUGUCACCCAAAUCUCGGACGGACAGCCACAAGCUCCCAGCGGAACGCCAGUAUCUCAGAUCAGCGAUGGCCAACCACAGGCUCCAACUGGUGCCCCUGUUACCCAAAUCUCUGAUGGCCAGCCGCAAGCUGCUACCGGUACUCCAGUCACUCAGAUUAGUGACGGGCAACCUCAAGCCCCAACUGGCACGCCAGUGACUCAAAUCAGCGAUGGGCAACCCCAGGCACCGACCGGCGCCCCCGUGAGCCAGAUCAGCGACGGACAACCUCAAGCACCUACGGGCACUCCCGUCACUCAGAUCAGUGAUGGACAGCCGCAAGCCCCAACGGGAGCUCCUGUGAGCCAGAUUAGUGAUGGUCAGCCUCAGGCUCCUACGGGCACUCCCGUUACCCAGAUCAGUGACGGCCAACCCCAAGCACCCACUGGCGCACCUGUGAGCCAGAUCAGCGAUGGACAGCCUCAGGCUCCUACUGGCACGCCAGUCACUCAGAUUAGUGACGGACAACCCCAAGCACCAACGGGUGCUCCUGUCACUCAGAUCAGCGAUGGUCAGCCUCAGGCAGCGACGAGCGUUGCUGCUGCGUCGACCACGACCUCGGUCGCUCCUGCGACGUUCACCGGCGCCGCAUAUCGGCCCGAGUUCCCCGGAGGAAUUGCUGUCGUUGCGGGUAUUGCAGGCGCCGUUGCCCUUCUGUAGGGUUAAAGAUGAGAUAUCGUCGGCCACCGCCCUUCCCUCUCCGUAUCUCGUGUCUCCUGAUCAACGUCAACUGAAUUCACGGACCUACCGUCUCCUACGCUCUCUCUUACAACUCGUACUGAACAUUCGCGAACCAUGUACCUUAAUUCUGCUACCUUGUGCACAGCAUUGGAUCUGCAUAUGGAUGGAAAAAGAAGCAUGAAGAAACAAAGCCGUUUCGGGAUGCAGACACAGAAAUGUGCCUCGCAUCUGGCGGAAAAUGUCUAGCGAAGCUGGCUGUUGGUUGGACAUCUCAUACAGCACGAGUUGACGAAAAUAAUUAAUAAUAAUAGUUUAUAUCUG